AUACUAAGUACUCCCAAUGCAACCAAUGCAACCAAUGCAACCAUCUCGAACCCUCCCACUCUCCACCUCUUACUGAAGAAAUCAAGGUCCACACGUUAUUUUGCAGCUUUUCUUCUUCUUCUUCUUUCUCUUCGACGACGCAAUAAGGGGGCCAUACCUACCUACCAGGUACCUAACCUACCUAGCCCAGGUGAACAUGGCUAUUAUUACCUGUCUUCUGAUGAAUGUUCCGGUUGCCUCAUGCCUUUUCGUAAUUUUCCUCUAUGCCGUUUUCAAAUCCAUCGUAACCAAGAAACGAUCUGGACCGGAUGCCGUCAAAGAGCCACCCAUUAGCCCAUUCGAAGAACCAGACGCUCCAGUUUCCGUUAACUAUUUCCCAUCUCGAAAAUGCAACUACACAUGUGGUUUUUGCUUCCAUACUGAAACCUCUUCUUACGUCCUCCCUACCGACGAGGCGAAACGUGGUCUACGGUUGCUCAAGGAAGCUGGCAUGCGCAAGCUCAAUAUUGCGGGCGGAGAACCCUUCCUUUACCCUCAAUUGCUCACUGAGCUGCUUCGCUAUAGCAAGGAAGAACUAGGCGUCGAGAGCAUUAGCAUCGUGAGCAACGGUAGCAAGAUUAGGGAAAAGUGGAUGCAAGAAAACUGCCAGUGGUUGGACAUCCUGGCCGUUUCUUACGACUCCUUCAAUCCGGAAACCAAUAAGAAGAUUGGGCGUGGCGACGACGGAGGCAAUGUCGUUCGGCUGUUUCGUAUCGCGGAGUGGUGCAGACAGUACGGAGUUAAGUUUAAGCUAAAUACCGUCGUUAACACGCACAACUGGGACGAGGAUAUGUCUGCCGAAAUCGAGAAACUGGCACCAUUCCGAUGGAAAGUAUUCCAGUGUCUCAUCGUCGCCGGCGAGAAUGACGACGAAACGAGGAAGCGAGACGCGAGGUCCUUCCUAGUCACUGAUGAGCAAUGGAAAACAUUCUGUGACCGGCACAAGCAUCUUCCAUGCUAUAUUCUGGAGGAUAACAAGUCCAUGGCGAGCAGCUACCUGCUUCUAGAUGAGUACAUGUGCUUCCUGGACAAGGGUGAGGGCAUGAUGACGAAGAGCGAGUCGAUUUUGAAAGUCGGUGUUAAGGAAGCUAUGAAACAGGUUGUUUGGGACAAGAAAUCGUUUGUUGAACGAGGUGGCGUUUACGACUGGCGCAGACCCGAUACGCAUCAGAGUGCUUGCAGCGGUGGUGGUGGCAGGAAAGAGCUGGAAUGGUAAUUCGAUAUGAAAAAAAUUGGGAAGAUGGCGUGGAUCCAUGAAAUUACGAGGCGAUAAGUGUGCGUGCCGAUGUUGGAACUGAUUUCUGUUGGUGCGUGGAAGAACUUUGAGCUCGAAUUAUGACCGGUAGUAUGGUAUUGCGGUGUGGUUAAGCAUGUGAUGCUAUCCGGGGCGAGGAAAAGCUAAUGAACUGACAUUUCUUCCGGACAUGGUCGUCUUAUAUGGCGGAGAUGUUGAAUUUGGAAUUUUGCUAAAUUGAAAAGCGAGCGUUACA